AUGUCAGCUUUACCUUCAAUUGCCAGACAAAAAGAACUUUUAUCCAAUUAUGAAAGUAUAGCUAAGGUUGUUUCUGAAACAGCUAAGAAAUAUGUUCAACAUAAAGUUAACUUAGUUGCAGUAUCAAAAUUGAAACCAUCAAGUGAUAUUAUGGGAUUAUAUAAUGAAGGAGUAAGACAUUUUGGUGAAAAUUACGUUCAAGAAUUAGUUACCAAAUCCCAAGAAUUACCUAAAGACAUAAAAUGGCAUUUCAUUGGUACUUUACAAACUGAUAAAUGUAAAAUCUUAGCUAAACAGAUUUCUAAUUUAUAUGCUGUGGAGACAAUUGAUUCAUUGAAAAAAUGUAAGAAAUUGAAUUCAUUACGUAAGGAGAUCGAUGGAGAUGUUAUUAACGUUUACUUACAAAUCAACACAUCCGAUGAACCUCAAAAAUCAGGUUAUUCAAUUGUCGAAAGUGAAAGAUCAUUGAUCUACGAAUCAGUUGAAUUCUUGUUAAGUGAAGAAUGCUCACAUUUAAAUUUCCAGGGUUUAAUGACUAUAGGAUCUAUUGGAGAGAGUUUCAAAGAUGAGAAUGAAGAUUUCACCAGAUUAGUUAAUUUGAAGAAUGAGUUGAAUGAAAAAUAUAGUCUUGACUUACAAACCAGUAUGGGUAUGUCCAAUGAUUUCGAAGACGCUAUCAAAAAGGGAAGUUCAAGUGUAAGAGUUGGUAGUUCAAUUUUUGGUUCAAGACCACCAAAAAAUUGA